AGGAAGCUGUGAGCGAGUGAGAUUUGUCCCUCUCGGCUCACCGUACAAGUCACUGUAUGUUGACGUGUGGUUAAAAGAGAGAGGCGUCUUCCCAGCUAGCUAACACGCUGUGAAAGGGAAGUGUCCAGGAAAGCUCUGACAGCCGACUCACUCUACCGACACUUCAAGUUGGAAAAAUGGCGGCCGACUGGGAAGAAAUUCGCCGGCUCGCCGCGGACUUCCAGAGAGCUCAGUUUGCUGACACGGUGCAAAGGCUGUCCGAGAGGAACUGUAUUGAGAUCAUCACAAAACUGGUUCAGGACAAGAAGCUGGAUGUGGUGCACACGCUCGAUGGAAAAGAGUAUAUCACCCCAGCACAGAUCAGCAGAGAGAUCCGUGAUGAGCUGUAUGUGCAUGGAGGGCGAGUCAACAUCGUCGACCUCCAGCAGAUUCUCAAUGUGGACUGGGUCCAUGUUGAAAACAGAGCGAGUGACAUCGUGAAGUCUGAUAGAGAUGUUCAGCUCGUACUGGGACAACUCAUUGAUGACUCGUACCUGAACCGUUUAGCUGAGGAGGUGAACGACAAACUGCAGGAGGCUGGUCUGAUCAGUAUUGCAGAACUUUGCAAAAGUUAUGACCUCCCCGGAGAUUUCUUAUCGGAGGAGUUGACGAAGCGUCUUGGGAAGCUUAUUCAAGGAGAAAUGGACGAGUACAACAAGGGAGUCAUAUUCACUCCAGCUUUUGUUGCUCGACACAAAGCCAGAAUACGAGGGCUCUUCAGCGCCAUCACAAGGCCGACACCUGUGAGCAGCAUGAUAGCAGCUUUUGGAUUUCAGGAACAUCUUCUGUACACUGUCCUGGAGGAGUUGGUGAAUACUGGACGUCUGAAAGGAAGCGUGGUUGGAGGGCGACAGGACAAAGCUGUGUACAUCCCCGAUAUUUACUCCACAACGCAGAAUUCCUGGGUGGACUCCUUCCUCCAGCAGAAUGGAUAUUUAGAGUUCGACGCAUUGAUCAGGCUGGGGAUCCCCGACCCACCCAGCUACAUCAGAAAACGCUUCAAGUCCAACAAGCUGCUGUUCCUCAGAGCCGCCUGUGUGGGUCAGACUCUGGUGGACCAGGUGGAGGCCUCUGUGGAGGAAGCUGUCAGCUCUGCCACGUGGACUGACAUACAGCCGAUUCUGCCCAGCUGCCUGUCGAUGGAGGACGUUGGGAUCCUGAUCAACCAGGCUAUGAGAAAUACUGAUGUGCAGUCUUCUGCCAGAGUACUGGGAGGCACGGUGGUCGUCAGUGAGAAAUUCAUCAGCAACUGCCUGUCGUUGUUUGACGAUGCCAUGCAGCAGAAAGCUCAGAAGGAAGUCAAGAACAACCCUGUGUUUCUGAUAACUGAGGAUGAUCUGAAGCAAUCGUCUAUGACAGAGAACUCGGCACCGUCUAAAAAGGAAAAGAGAGAAGCUGAACGCAGGAAGAAGGCGACAGAGGGCAGUGGCAGUGUGAAAUCAGGCGGAGGAGGCAACGCCAGGGAAAUCCGUAUUCGUAAAACCAAGAAGAAAGGCAGGAGAGACGAGGACAGUGAUGAGGAAACCGGACCUUCACAGCAAAAUCGCAGCAGACAGACUGAAGCCCCCUUUAUGGCCCCGGAGGAGAUCGUGGCUGUUUUAGAGCAGAGAGUGAGUGACUGCCCUGAAGAAAUCCUCUCUGAGCUGGCAGGGAAUUUAGUGAGGCCUCUCAUGAAAGCCUAUCAGGAGGUGCUGCGAGCAGUGUUCAUGUCCUCCACCAGCUCUCCAUCAGGGGCCAACAAGAAGAAGAGCAUGAAGGAUCUGCAGGAGGAGAUCACCAACCUGUACAACAACAUCCGACUCUUUGAAAAGGGCACCAAGUUCUUUUCUGAUUCUCCCACCUCAGCUGUGGAUCUCUGCAACUCCUCCAGAGUAACCAUGGGCCUCCUGGUUGCUUCUCUGAUUAAUUUUCUCCUUGUCCGACUCUUCAGUUUGGGUGGACGGCCUCCUCUUGAUGACACACAGGUCAACAUUGCAAAGCACGUCCUGAAGACUGUGUGCACAGACAUCACCAACAUCCUGGUGAACUUCCUGGCUGCUGACCUGAUGAUGUCUGUGGAGAACCCAAGCUCCAUCACCAACGAGGUCAGAGUGAAGAUUCUGGGCAAACUGUCAGAGGAGACUAAAGGACCUCUCAUGAAGCUGCACAACUGUCUGAUUGGCAAAACGAUUGAAGACUUUCUGACCAACAUAGAGACUUCUGCUGAAGUGUGUGGAUUCAUGCUGAAGAAAGGAGACAAGAAAAAGGAGAGACAGGCACUGUUCCUGCACCGUCAGGCCCUCACCGAGCAGCUCAAGGAAACGGAGGAACCGGCUCUGAUUCUCCAUCUGACCAGCGUGCUGCUGUUUCAGGCCAGCACCCACUGCAUGCUGCACGCUCCGGGACGCUGUGUGCCUCAGAUCAUCGGAAUUCUCACAGGACGAAUACCAACAGAACAGCAGCAGCUGCUGUCGGCCUACCAGAGCCUGGUGGUGAAGCAGCUGGUGAGCCAGAGUCAGGGAAGGAAACAGGAGGAGGCAGAGGGCAAGGCGGAGGAGCAGGAGGAGGAGGCCCGCAGCGUCCGCUCCGAGCUUAUGACCCUGGCACCUCAAGUGAAGGAGCUGGUGCUGUCCCAGAGGAAAACAUCUGUCAACGAGGACUGAACAUUAAAAAGAGGAGAAGAGUGAUUGUUCCAUGAUGAAGUUUUUAUGGUCAUAAAUGUUCAGAUAAAUACUUGCAGGACUACUACGUCAGUUGUAUUUUUGUGAAAUAUCUAUGUGGACAUAAUUCCUGUGUGGGAAGUCUCAUUGUAAAACUCAAUUAACAUGAAAAUCCUCAAUGAGGUUCUGAUUUUCAUGCAUUCAUUAAAAGCUCAGCUCUU